UUCCCAAUGUGCCUGGCGCGUCCAACUCAACAGCAACGCGACGCUGUGACGACUUCGUCGCCCAAUAACCGCCACCAUGCCCCCAGCAAAGCGACAGAAGAAGAGCACCGCAAAGAGCUCCCAGGCGGCUGCUCCAAAGGUGGUGGAGCCUGUUGUCGAGGAGGGAUCCGAGUUUGCACGGGUCGCGAAGCAACAUUGGUUGAAGCCAACGAGGGCGGCAAAAGUGAAGGUGAAGAAUGACGUGUUGAAGCGGGAUAUAUGGGACCCUUUGGAGAAGGAGAAGUUCCCAGCAGCAGCACUGGUCGAGCUGGAAAGCUUGCAGGUCCUAGAGAGUUAUCUAUGGCCGGGAUACAGCGAAUCGUCCUCAAACCAUCACGUCCUUCUGAUCGUGCUGAUCACCCAUGCGAAACGGCGGGAGCGACUGCAGACAUGGAGCAUCUUUGAGGAGCGCCCAGAUGACUUCUCAGCCUUGUUCCGGCGGAUACUCUCCAUGAGUCUCGAUCGCUCGCUAUCAGUCGCUGUCCGAACCCAUAUUCUCUCCUUUGUGAUCCACGCCUUCCAGAGCUUGGACCACGCCAUUGUGCGAAAGGAGUGUGCCCCAUUAGUAUCAAUAUCCAUGUGGCACAAUCUGUCCACAGAAAAGAAACGCGACGACAAACUGAACGAGCACAACCAAUUGCGUAAGGCUUGGAGGGCAUCGGCGAAGAGAUACGAUUCCGCAGAUGAGCAAACCAAGGCUCGGUUGCGUUUCGACAGGUCCUGGCUGUACACUCUUGCUUUGGACUUCUUGGGAUUACUCUACUCCAACAACGCUUCCAAGGAUGAUGUUUCAUACUGCGAACGAUUUGUCGAGUUUCUAUCCGACCUCCAGAGCCAGUUGCCGACCCGUCGAUACGUCAACUUCUUGCUGCAGGACCUACACAUCCUCCCAGCAGCCGCCUUGUCACCCACAUUCAACGAUGAGAGCAAUGGACUCCUGCGUGACCUGAUUGCACUGCUUUCUCAUUAUACGCAUUUCACAAUCGAUGACCAGACAGGGGCGCAGCAUGGCAAGACACAAGCCUACGAACGGCACUGUACGCGCCUCGCGAGGUUACAGCGAACUGCCCUGAAACAUUUCAAGGAAAAAUUGACAGUUCUAGCUCUCUCAAAUUAUGCCGCGAUCGAUGACAGGCGAGAGCUCCGGACUCUCCUCGCACCUCUUGAUGACGGGGAAAUUCUACAGCUAUCAACACUGCUCGACUUGCGGACGACUUACCCGGAAUCAACAGGAUUGACCGUCGAUCGAAAAUUCUUGCUCGAAGUGCUAUGUUCAACUUUUGAGAAACGUAAAACCUUCCAGGAAAUAGCCCGGGGCAUGAGUAUCUUGCCAACUGAAGACACACUGUUCGAACAGAGCCUCCUCAGGACUGACUCCUACGAUGGAUCACAUCCAUUGGCAAUCCCGAAGUUGAACCUACAAUAUCUGUCUGUGGGAGACUUUCUUUGGAGAUCAUUUGUCUUAUACAGGUGCGAGUCGUUUUAUGGCAUCAGGCGAGACAUUGAGGACGUACUGCGGAGAUUGAGGCCGGAGACCGGAAGAUCCGGCGGCGUUAUGUUUCCCGGCUUCUCUAAGAUGGCCCUUCCAAUUUCGAAACCAUCGAUCCUAGAAGUCAUGCCUGCAGCGGUGGGUGAUGACAAGCCUGCUAUGGUGCGGGCGGAAAUAACCAUUGAUGUUCGCCGCCUCGCCGACAAUGUCCGUCGCGAAUGGGAAUCAUUACGGCCGGAUGACGUCGUCUUCCUCCUGGCAGCCGAAGCUCCAAAAUCGAAAAACUCGUCGCCCGAUGCCACCGAGGCUGAAAAGCUGGGCCUUCGAUCUGUGCGAUGCGGCGAGAUCAUUCAGAUCCUGGAUGACAGGGGCCGCGCAAUCAGAGACACUUCCGCAUACUUCGACGGCCAUUCCCGGAGCCCGUUGAGAAAACUGCAACUCAAGCUGGACGCAAAGAUGUACAAGAUUGACCAGCAAAGGGCGUCCGCUGGCAAGCCUGACGUAUAUGAAAGCAUCAACCUGGUUAUGCGCAGGAGCGGCAGAGAGAACAACUUCAAGCCUGUGCUGGAGUCAAUCAAGAACCUGACUUUGUCAGAGGUUCCAUUGGCACCAUGGCUGCACGAAGUGUUCCUUGGAUAUGGUGACCCGGCAGGCGCUUCGUAUAAGCAGUUGCCAAAUCGUCUCAAAACCAUCGACUACCGGGACACUUUCCUCGACUGGCAACACCUGAUAGAAAGCAAUCCAGGCAAGAUCAUCGAACCCAGUGACGACGUUACUGGUAGCUUUGGGCCUCCUUACGUGCUCGAGACCGCGGAACGACCAGCAGAGCAGCCACCACCCAAGCCGUCGAAGAAGAGGCGAAGAGAUGCGGAACCAGCCUUGUUGGCUGAUGUGGAAAUUAUCAAGGUUUCAACCUACAAACCUCCAAACAACGGACCGUACCCAGUGGAUGCUCCAAAGCUGAAUGUCGUGCGCUUUACUCCUGCUCAGAUCGAGGCGGUCAUGUCCGGCACGCAACCUGGGCUCACCGUCGUGGUUGGGCCACCAGGGACUGGUAAGACCGACGUCGCAACUCAAAUCAUCAACAACAUUUACCACAAUUUUCCCGAGCAGAGAACAUUGCUCAUAGCGCACAGCAACCAGGCUUUGAACCAAUUGUUCGCAAAAAUAGUGGCUCUUGACAUAGAUGAGCGUCACCUCCUUCGUCUUGGACAUGGCGAGGAAGACCUCGGCACAGAGGGAAACUUCAGCAAGCAUGGGCGAGUUGAGUCUUUUCUUGAGAACCGCGACAGAUAUCUUCAAGAGGUUACUCGUCUAGCUGCCAGCAUCGGAGCCCCAGGAGCCCAUGGCAAUUCGUCGGAGACAGCGGGUUAUUUCAACUCUGUCUACAUUCAGCCCGCUUGGUCCAAGUUCUCUGAAAUGGCCUCGGACGAGGCGGCUUCAGCGGCAGACAUCGUGGCAGCAUUCCCCUUCCACCAUUACUUCUCCAACGCCCCUCAACCCCUGUUCGAAACUGAUGCAGACCGUGACCAAGUCUUGGACAUUGCCAACGGCUGCUACCGACACAUCUCCAAGAUAUUCUCCGAACUCGCUGAUGCACUGCCCUUCGAGAUCCUCCGACGAGACAGGGAGAAAGCAAAUUAUCUGCUUACGAAUGAGGCGCGCAUAGUUGCAAUGACGUCUACGCACGCUGCGAUGAGGCGCGGAGAAAUUGCGCAGCUAGGAUUCCAUUACGACAACGUCGUGAUGGAGGAAGCAGCUCAGAUCACGGAGAUUGAGAACUUCAUCCCUCUGGCCAUGCAGAAGCCCAAGGAUGGCCAGAUGCCACUGCAGCGUGUUAUACUCUGUGGUGACCAUUUCCAGAACUCGCCCGUCGUACAGAACCUCGCGUUCCGUGACUUCGCAAAUCUGGAGCAGUCUCUGUUCUCUCGUCUCAUCCGUUUGGGCGUUCCAGCUAUCACGCUGGAUCAACAGGGGCGGGCUCGCCCGUCAAUCGCUAAGCUUUACCAAUGGCGGUACAGGAACCUUGGCAACUUGCCACAUGUUGAGAGUGCAGAGGAAUAUCUUGUCGCCAACGCUGGUUUCAAGUUCGACUAUCAGUUCAUCAACGUUCCAGACUACAAGGGCAAGGGCGAAGUUGAGCCCACGCCUCAUUUCAUCCAGAACCUCGGCGAGGCCGAGUACGCGGUGGCGAUUUAUCAGUACAUGCGACUGCUAGGAUAUCCUGCCUCCAAGAUCAGCAUUCUCACCACUUACGCUGGCCAGCGGGCACUGAUCCGAGAUGUCCUUGGCCAUCGAUGCGCCCGGAACCCUAUUUUCGGCCUGCCUAAGAUUGUGACUACGGUCGACAAGUAUCAGGGCGAGCAGAACGAUUACGUGAUCCUGUCGCUCACGAGGACCUCGCGAGUUGGAUACCUUCGUGAUAUCCGCCGCCUUACGGUGGCCCUUUCGCGAGCGAGGCUAGGUCUCUAUAUCCUGGGCCGGCGUGAGAUCUUUGAGGGCUGCUUUGAGCUCCGUGAGGCUUUUGAGCAGCUUCUCCAGCGGCCGGACAAGUUGGCCUUGGUCACGGGAGAGCUUUGGCCGUCACAACGCAAAGUGGCCGAGGAUGCCAACGAGGCGGUGGCCGGCGAGGCGACCAUGGAAGGCGUGGAGCACCUAGGCCAGUAUGUGUUCGAAAUGACAACGACCAAGAUCCAGCAGCUGCAGGCGGAGAGGGGCUUGCCUGCGGGUACAGAGAUGCAACAGGUCGUGGAUGCACAGAAGAAGGAGAUCGAGCCAAUCCCCGAAGAGGAUGAGGAUGGGGAAGGCGCAGCAGGAGCAGCAGACGCCUCCGAACAAGAGGUGGAGGUUGAGGAGAACUGAGCAAUGAUUGAUUGAUACAUUCUGAUACACAACUCGCGAACCCUGGCUUCUAUGCCGUGCUAAUGAAAAGGGGCUAGCUGGCUUGCCAAGUGGAGGGGAUAGAUACUCAAUCAAGCCGAUGCAGCAGAAUGCCUAGUUCGGCACGGUCUGCCCAGGCCAGUGCAGGACCUCAGGGGUGUUUAGGCAUCUAGUCCACAUUUCGAACCAGCUGGAGAAAGCAUAGCAACCUGUCAGCCCUGUGCAAGCAUGUGCCGUGGACGGUGAUGGCCCUGCCCUGCGUG